UGAGCUCAAGAAGUUGUUGACCAGUCGUUUCCAUUUCGGUAAAUGGCAGGUCGGUGAGGCCGAGUACGCAGGGAGAAGGAUCCGCCAGCAGUCAGAUGGGCGCAUUCUCGUCGACCAGGAAAAAAAUAUCCUGGAGCAGGUCCGUCCCAUGAGACUCGACAAGGAGCGUGUUAAAUGUCCCGAGGAAUUGCUAGAUGCAGGAGAGCUCCGAGACUAUCGCGGCCUGGUGGCGAAGAUUCUCUGGGCGGCCCGCCAGUCUCGUCCCGACGUGUCCGGAUCCGCCUCGAUGCUGAGCGCCGAAUGCCCACAGGUCAAGAUAGCCUCGGCUCUCAUGGCUAACAAGGUAGCUCGCCACCUCAGGUGCACGGCCAGCUCCUGUCUGACGAUUUGGCCCCUGGACCUGAGUGCCGUGACCAUGGUCACGUGCAGCGACGCUUCCGAGGGCGUCGCCGUAGUCGAUGCGAAGUCCCUCUUCGAUACGCUGUCCAAGAACUGCGGGGGUGCCAAGGCUGACCGCCGCAACGCCAUCGAGAUGGCGAUAGUCCGGGACUCGAUGACAGCCGAGGGGACAGUGGUGAGGUGGGUUCCACACUGCAAGAUGCCUGCUGACGCUCUGACCAAGGUCGACCCAGGACGAGGGAAUUUUGCUCUGACUGAUCUCAUGCACAAGGGGAUGCUGGCGCUAACGGACGAGUCUGGAUCGCUCGACGAGCGAUCUCUCAACCUGUCGCUGAAAUCCCGGACUCGGAAUGCAUCGCGACAGGACGCCGAGGAGGUCAUCCUCGCGUCCGCCGG